GGUGCUGGGAGCUGUCUGCAGAGCACACGAGCUCCCUGACAGCCAGGCGAGAGGGGACCGGAGAGGAGGGACUGGCAGUUCUCCUUCUGCAAGGCAGGAGGGACAGCUGCAGACGCGCUCCACAGCCCACGCCGUUGGGUUAGCUGGGUUAUCUUCACCCCUGGAUCUUGUAGGCAACAGGUACUGGUGAAGCCCCGGUGACAUGGGGAAGUGACUUGCUGCUUCAACAGACUCAUUCGAGGAAAUUGGCUGGUCCCUUCUCCCUCUGAGCUCCUGCUGGACACCAGGCUGCAGGAGGAUGCCAGCCCCACGCUGAGCGCUGAGCGUUCGCUGCACCUCCCGGGUCUCGCCUUUGCCCACGGGCUGACACAAUGCGGUGCGCCGGGGGGAGCGUCCUCCCUCUCACGUUUGUCAUUUUCUUGGGACUUGGGGAUUCGCAGCGAGACUUUGCUGUAAGGUUUGAACCGAGCGCCUCUUACCGAGCUGAACCUGGGAGUAGAGAGGCAACGCGGCCAAGGCUUCGGAGCCAGGGUGCUCCCGUGCGACCCGCGGGCACAAUGUACAACCUGUUCCAGGUGCAGACCCUCCCCUCGGAGUCAGGGCCCCUCCCCGCAGCCCGUCACCUGGACCACGUCUCUGCAGCCAGGAUGGGGAGCCUGAGCAGAGGGGACAGCCGGAGGCAGCGUCCCGAUCAUGGACUGUCCGCUCCCCAGGGUGCUUGGAGCCAGGCCAGCGAUGCCAGAGGGGCUGCAAGCUCCCCCAGCCGGGGCCUCAGCCCCAGCUCUGGCCAGAGGCAGAGGGGGGACCCCUCCCGCCAGCGGCCCAGAAAUGGGCUCAAAGCUCGAAUCGUGCCCCGGGCAAAGGAGCCAAGUGGCGGAGGGAGAAUGAUAGGGCCGAACGUCUGUGGGAGACAGUGUUGCUCAGGGUGGACAAUGGCUCCGGGCACAAACCGGUGCAUCAAACCUGUGUGUGACCCUCCAUGCCAGAACAAGGGCUCCUGCAGUCGGCCCCAGGUCUGUACCUGUCGCUCGGGCUUCCAGGGCUCCAGGUGUGAAGAAGUUGUUCCCGAGCAAGAAUACCAUCCUCCUGGUGCUGCCAUCUUCCAGCCCCCUGCAAGCUCCUUUCGGAGGAGAACCAGCACUGCGGAGAGAGAAGCUUCCCCGAGAGUGGCUCAGGCACCCGUUCCACGGCACUCGCCAGCUGUGACUCAGAGCAGAAUUGGCUCUCCCAUCUCCCCCCAGCACACAGGGCCUUCACGGACUGUCCGGCGCUACCCAGACAGCAGCCGUCACCUCACGUCUAAUGCACUCCCCAGUGGGAAUGGAUAUGAACAGGGCAGCUCUGGACCGCAUGCAGCUUCCCAGGAGUACACGUCUCCAAGAGGGGCCAACCUGACAGAGAAGAUUAGGAAAAUAAAGAUUGUCUUCACACCCACCAUCUGCAAACAGACAUGCCAGAGUGGGCACUGCUACAACAGCUGCGAGAAGGGAGACACCACCACUCUUUACAGCCAAGGGGGGCACAACCAUGAUCCCAAGUCUGGCUUCCGCAUUUAUUUCUGCCAGAUCCCCUGCCUGAAUGGAGGACGUUGUGUAGGCCGGGAUGAAUGCUGGUGUCCCUCUAAUUCCACGGGGAAGUUUUGCCACUUGCCGGCUUCCACUCUGGAAAAGAAGCAAGCAGGGAGAGUGCCAAACACCAUGGCCAGUGGCUCCAUGAAGCACUCUACAUACACACUGCCCCUGUCCAACCAGCUGGCUUCUUUAAACCCUUCCCUGGUGAAUGUCCACAUCAACCAUCCGCCAGAAGCUACUGUGCAGAUUCACCAGGUGGCUAGGGUGCGGGGUGACUCUGAGCUGUCAGAAGAAAACAGUGUGGAGAGAGUGGUGGUGCCUCAACUCGCUGCGGUGCCAUGGUCCACCUACACCAGUGGGAAUGGCAACAACAUUGGCACGGAAAGCAGGCAGCAGCAGAGACCUCCAGGUCUGAUGGGGAGGUGCUUUCGGGAAGCUCUCCAUGGACAGUGCGCUAACCCUCUGCCAGGGCUGACCACGCUGGAGGAUUGUUGUGGCAGUGUGGGGCUCUUCUGGGGUGUGGACAGGUGCCUAGCCUGCCCCCCUCGACCAGCACACCCUGUGAUUGAGAAUGGACAGGUGGAGUGUCCCCAAGGAUAUAAGAGCCUGAACAGGAGCCAUUGUCAAGAUAUCAAUGAAUGCCUGAUGCAGGGCCUGUGCAAAGAUGCUGAGUGUGUGAACACCCGUGGCAGCUUCCGCUGCACCUGCAAACCUGGCACCAUGCUGGACCCAUCCCGCAGCCACUGUAUCUCGGACAAGGCAGUGUCCAUGGAGCAGGGGCUGUGUUAUCGCUCAGCAGUUGGAGGUGUGUGCUCCUUCCCCCUCUCCCAUCGAAUCACCCAGCAGAUUUGCUGCUGCAGCCGUGUUGGCAAAGGCUGGGGGAAGAACUGUGAGAAGUGCCCUGUGCCUGGUUCAGAAGCCUUCAAGGAGAUUUGCCCAGCAGGACAUGGCUACACCUACUCUAGCUCUGAUAUCCGCCUGUCCAUGAGAAAGGCGGAGGCAGAAGAGCUACCGCUCAGCUUGGAAGAGCAAGGGCAAAGCAGCAACUGGACAUUAGAUUGGGCAGGAAGAAGACAGCAACUGCAGGACAGCUUGCGUGGGAGCAUCCUGGAGACCUUCCCCCACCCUGGCACCUCAGCAGGAGAGGGUGAAGUAUCUUCUGCUGGACAGGGCCCUGCUGAUGCCACCCCAGAGCCUGCUACGCACACCGCAGAGAAAGAAGAGUCCCUGCAUGCUCCCCCCAGGCCUGGCACCACUACCCACCACGUUGAUGCAGCUCCAACACAGAUGCCAACACAAGGCUCAGGGACUGGUAGCUGUGCCUCUUCCCCCCUUUCCUGUGGAGAAGGCACUUGUGUGCUCACCGUGGAUGGAUACAGCUGCUUGUGUAACCCUGGCUAUCAGUUGCACCCCAGCCGCCUCAGCUGCAUUGAUGAAGAUGAAUGCCUGAAGGAUCCUUGUGCUGGAAAAGGUCGCUGUAUCAAUAACGUGGGCUCCUAUUUGUGUCUCUGCUACUCUGGGUACACCCUGAUCGUCUCAGAGAACAUGCAGAUCUGUCAGGAUCGGGAUGAAUGUGUCCAGCCCUCCACAUGCCCCGGGCAGCAAUGCAUCAACACUCCUGGCUCAUACCACUGCGAGUGCAAGGAGGGCUUUGUCAUGAACCCCAGAGGACAGUGCGAAGAUAUCAAUGAGUGUGUGGACCCCAGUCCUUGCCCCAAUGGAAAGUGUGUCAAUACCCUAGGGGCCUACAAGUGUGUCAGCUGUCCAGAUGGUUAUCAGCCCAGGAAUGGGAGAUGCAUUGAUGUGGACGAGUGCCUUGUGGAGGGGACCUGUGCUCAUGGACAGUGUGUCAACCUGGACGGCUCCUUCCGUUGUGCCUGCUACCAGGGCUACGAGGUGGCACUUGAUGGGAAGAGUUGCCAAGACAUCGACGAGUGUACAGCUGAGGCUGCCUGUCCCUCUGGACUCUGCCUCAACACUGAGGGCUCCUACUCCUGUGUGGCCUGUGAUUCUGGCUAUGCCGUGUCCAGAGAUGGCAGCAUGUGUGAAGAUGUGGACGAGUGUGAAGAUCCUGCCAUUCAGUGUGUGGGAGGAGAGUGCAGGAACACUCCAGGGUCCUAUCAGUGCCACUGCCAGGCUGGCUUCGAGUUCAUCAACGGUACCAUGUGUGAAGAUGUGAAUGAGUGCCUGAACAGCGAGAUCUGCAGCCCCAAUGGCGAGUGUCUCAACAGUCAUGGAUCCUACUUCUGCAUUUGUGCUCCUGGCUUCUCAAAUACGGCUGGUGGAGUUAGCUGCCAAGAUGUGGAUGAAUGUGCAGACAAGUCCCGGUGCUUGCAAGGCCAGUGCCUGAACACAGAAGGCUCCUACAGGUGUCUGUGUGAAAAUGGGUUCAAGCAUUCCCAGGAGACUGAUGACUGUGUAGACGUGGAUGAGUGUAAAGAAUAUGGGGAUGCCAUCUGUGGCGCAUGGAGGUGCCAGAACAGCCUGGGCUCCUACCGUUGUAUUAUGGGCUGCCAGCCUGGUUUCCACUGGACCCCCCUGGGUGACUGCAUUGACAUAGAUGAGUGUGCCAAUGAGACGCUGUGUGGGAGCCAUGGCUUCUGUGAGAACUCGGAUGGCUCCUUCCUCUGCCUCUGUGACCGCGGCUACGAGAGCUCAUCCUCUGGGCACUACUGCAUUGAUGUGAAUGAGUGUGAGCUGAUGGUUGCUGUGUGUGGGACUGCACUCUGCGAGAACGUGGAGGGAUCGUUCCUGUGCCUGUGCCCCAGUGACCAUGAGGAGUACAACACAGAGGCUGGAGAGCCCCAGCCACGAGCAGCCAUGGAGGGCCCUGAGAGACGCACAGCCCGUCUCCCUGGCAGCGUGGAACGCAAGCAGUGUUACUAUCACAUCAGUGAUGUUAGCCUGUGUGACAGUGUCCUGGCCAAGAACAUCACCAAGGAAGAGUGCUGCUGUACUGUGGGGGCAGCCUGGGGUGACAACUGUGAGACCUACCCCUGCCCCAUCUUAGGCACAGUGGAGUAUGAAGAGAUCUGCCCUCUUGGGAAGGGCUAUGUUCCCCAGGAAGACUUGCUCUUAGGAGAAAUCUCUUUCACAGAUAUGGAUGAGUGUGAGAUAUUCGGCUCUGAAUUCUGCCGCAAUGGACAGUGUUUGAACACAGUGCCAGGCUACAAGUGCUUCUGCCGUACAGGCUACAUCUAUGACUCUAGCAGGCUCGAGUGUGUUGAUCAGGAUGAGUGUCAGAAUGAAGUGUACUGCAUCAGUGGUGAGUGUCUGAACACGGUCGGCUCCUACCACUGCUUCUGCAGCCUCCCCCUUGUGCUGGAUGCAACUGGCAACCGCUGUGUGAACCUCUCUAGCAGGGCAGAUGCCCUGGAUGAGUACGAAAUCCACUUGGAUGUCUGCUGGCAGACUGUCUCUGACUACAUCUGCCAAGAUCUGCUGCACGGGGAGCAGACUACAUACACAGAGUGCUGCUGUCGGCUUGGUGACGCCUGGGGUCAGAACUGCGCACUCUGCCCACACAGGUCCUCUGCUGAUUUUGCUUUCCUGUGUAAUGGGGCCAGUGAAGACAGUGAGAGAGAGGCUGAUCUCCAAGAAAGGCCUAGGUAUGAGUACGGACCAAGCUUGGAAGACUCUCACUAUGGCCUUACCAGUCCAGACAUGGGCCCCUAUUACAACUACUUGGAGUCUGAGUAUGGAAACUCGGAUGCUAGUUUCCCCCGGAGAGAACCCAACAAUGAGUUUCAUGGCAGCCCUCUUCACCAUGGCCCAGUGCAGCCCCUGCCCCGCUACCUGCCCAGCCAAACUGGCCGCUUCGAGGGCUUUGAGGGGCUGCAGGCUGAAGAGUGUGGGAUUCUCAAUGGCUGCGAGAACGGGCGCUGUGUACGCGUCAGGGAGGGCUACACCUGCGACUGCUUUGAUGGCUUCCAACUGGACAUGACCCGCAUGGCCUGUGUGGACAUUAACGAAUGUGAGGAGGUGAGCGGCCCUGAGCCCCUGUGCCAGGGUGGCACGUGCGAGAACACAGAGGGCUCCUACCGCUGCCGCUGCUCACCGGGCUACGUGGCCCUGGCCCAGCCCCACCACUGCGUGCCCCAGACAGCCCAGAGCCCAGCCGCAGCAUAGCUCUAGGAGAGCUGCAGGUGAGGGUACUCCCUUCCAGCACUCUGCUCUGGUACCUGGGAUCCGGCAGCACAGAGAAAGGCCCCUGGGGCUCUGGUUGCUUUAAGGCCCUUCGCUCUUUCCCCUCCAAAGCACACAGCUUCCCUGCCACCUCUCUCCCAGCGGUGCCUGCAUGUGUACAGGCCAGGGCCAAGCUCCAAGCCUCUGCAGCCCCUGUCCUUCCUGGCCUGCUCACUACUAGCUCCUGCUUGUGCCACAGCAGAGCCCUCCCCAGCCUCCCCUUGCCUGGGCUACAGACUCCCAGCACUCCUUGCACCACUUCCCACCACAGAGGUCUGCAGGACAUCUUCCCCUACUGCACAGACCCCGUCUCCUUCCCUCACUGGGCAGAGAAAUUCGAUUCAUCCUGCCGCUUUCCCAAGUGAGCACCAUGGCUGCACUGACCCAGCAACAAGCCUCACCCCCCACUACAGGUGCUCACCCCCUUGUUCCCCAUGAAGCACCCUGCCCAAGGCCAGAGCAUUGUGGGGGGUCAAUCCCAGCUUUCUAAAGCUGCUGCCUAACCUUAAGAGAUGGUGAGGUGGCUAGCUGGUUCCCCACAGCCAUCUCUCCCUGCAGCCAUCCCAGGCGCAUCCUUACCCUUGCACUUUGCCUUCGUGCCUUGCGCUGGCUGGGUGGGUAGGAGGGAGGGCAGUUCCAGCCUAGUUUCUGUCAAGUUGUUGGUGACUUUUUUUAAGUGAGUCUGCUGGAAACUUCUGUCAUGUUGUUAAAUAAAACAUUUAUUUUGGGCCCUGUGCCUCAAGACA